AUGAAGAAACGUAAGUAUUACGGCUUUCAUCUGAGCACUAUCUACAAGCGGAUUGUGCGCCAGAGGAAGGCAUAUGACGCUGAGAUGGGGGAACCUUCCCUUCUGCCAAUGUCGUCGGUGGUCAACCGAUCACCAGAAUUGGAAAUGCCUGAACUAAGCCCGGAGAUUUCUAUGAACGCAGAACCCGCAGAAAUUAGUCAGGCAGCGGACACGGUGGGAGGCAGGUGCUUCCUGAUUGAGUUGCAGGACUUCUGCCUGAGGGCGAAAUUGUCACCGGCCGCAAAAAAGGAAUUGUUUCAAAUACUGCGGCCCUACCAUCCAGAGCUACCCAAGGACGCUGAUACAAACACCUAA